GAAUAUUGUAAAAUUUGCCUUAUUUAGUUUUCGCUGAAACAGGAAAAACCUAAUAUUCAUGGCACAAAGCAACGAUAUGCCAUCCGUUAUGGAAAACGCUUACUUUGUGCAGGAUGACCUAGAUGGAAUCAAUUCAGACGAUUCUGGUCCAGAGCGCUUGCUGAAACCUGGCGUUGCCUUAAGGGAACAAGAUCGCUUUCUGCCGAUUGCAAACAUCACCAAAAUUAUGAAGAAGGGUAUCCCCUCUAACGGAAAGAUAGCCAAGGAUGCCCGCGAAUGUGUCCAGGAGUGCGUCUCAGAAUUCAUCUCGUUUAUUACAUCCGAGGCUAGCGAAAGGUGUCAUAUGGAAAAGAGAAAAACAAUCAACGGCGAAGAUAUUCUGUGUGCCAUGUAUACAUUAGGAUUUGAUAAUUACGUUGAACCCUUAAAAUUGUAUCUCGCCAAAUAUCGCGAUAGCAUCAAAACAGAACGAUCUAGCCCGGAACAUUCCCCCGAACAUGAACAAACAUACGAAGUAAUUGAGCAAAACUUUAACUCCGUGCAAGCAUCGAGUACUAGGACGAAUAUAACUGCGGAAGUUAUAUAUGAAAGUUCUGAUGGAACAUACUAUCUCAAAAGUGAUCCUUUUCAAUAAGAAAACACAAAAACAUUUUCCAGGUACGGCUACUCGUGAGAGUAAUCGAGAAAAAAAUAUACGUUCAUUU